AUGUUUAGUAAUCAAGUAUUUUCAUUAUUACAUCAAACAUCUCUUCGAAGACUUAUUCUCGAAAAUAUUGAAGCACAACAUUUAGAGAAUAUUAUUCAUCAAUUAAAACCAUUAUUAUACCUUUCUUCAUUAAGCAUUAUUACUAUUGAUCCAGUUACAGAUAAAAAUCUGAUUUAUUCACAAAUAUUUCAAUUACCUUCAUUAAAAUAUUGUAAAUUAUCAUUGGGAAAUAGUUUUUUCAAGAAAAUAUUAGUAUUAGCAAAUAAUAUAUUCAGUUCAAUUGAAUAUUUAAUUAUUGAUCAUGAGAUAUACUUCCAUCAACUCGAUGCAUUUUUCUCAUAUGUACCUCAACUUCGUCAUUUAUCAUUAAACUUCUUAUGUAAAUGUGAAAUAACUGCAAAUUCUUUACCUUCAUCUAUGUUAAAUUAUGUAACGCAUUUGUUUCUCAAGGUAGACAACCACACGGAAUUAAAUGAUUUAGAAUAUCUUUUUGCCAGCUAUUUUUCCUCAAUACAUGUUUCACAAAUUUCAGCAGAUGAUAAAUGUAUGGAUGCAUAUAUGUGGCAACGUUUAAUAUUAUUAUAUUUACCAAAUUUACACGUUUUUGAUCUCUUAUUGGACGUACAUUUACAGCAUUCUUCUGGAAGAGGCUACAAAGAAUAUAUCAACUCGGUGUUUACAGUUCCAUUUUGGACGGAAAGGCGAUGUUUUUUUGAUUUACAAUCAUAUCAAAAAAGACCUCGUGAUCGUAUGGUUUUCUAUACAACUAAUCCAUACAGGAGGAAAACUUACAAUCUAUGUCUGAAGUCGCUUAAUACAACUAUGAGUAACAUACAUAAUUAUGAAACAGUUCUAAAGUCAGUUAAACAUGUGCAAAUAAGCAAUGAAAUGGUAAUGAAUCAGUGUAUUGAGUACUUUCCAAAUGCAACACAACUUACUUUAAAAGAUGAAUAUUCAACAGCUGUUUAUGAUUCAAUUCCAUUCUUUCUUAAUCGUAUUCUACCUUUACAACAAUUACAAAUUUUAAUAAUCGAAUUUCAUAAUUUUCAAAUUUUGAAUAUAGUCGAAAUAUUAUUUGUUAUGCCUAAUCUUCAUACAUUAACAAUUCAAUCAAUGCACGUUCUUUUUACUGAAAACAAAACAGUCUUGACACAAAACGAAAAAUUUCAAUCUGUAUCCAGGACAAAUUGCAUUAGAUAUGUUACUUUUCGAGACAUAUGUACAUUCAACAAAGUUGAACUACUUAUUAUGUUAUUUCCACGUCUUCAACACCUUGAAAUUAAUAUAUUAAAGAAAGAUAUGAAAUCGAUAUUAGAAUUUUUGUUCAAUAAUAACAAUGUAAAUACUCAUAAUUUCGUUUUAUUAUGUUUUAAACGUGCAGGUAGAGUUCAUUAUCAACAUUUUAAUAGUUUAGUCCACACCGGGCUAUUGCGUUUUCAUCUUAAAGCAAAAUACUUGAAUGGAGCGUUAUAUUUAUGGCAGUAA